AUGUCAACAACAUUAUCGAAAAGUGGUGAGAGUAUGUUGAAAUCAAGUAAUUCAUUGUUGUCAUCGGAAGGUUUCGCAGUGGAUAGCGACGAUGAAGUUGGAAAUAUUACCGGUAGUCAGCAGAGUCCCGAUAAGAAGUUAUCGUUUGCACAAGACAUGUGGGAAGGUUUCGAUUUACUGUGUAAACGAACUGAAUACGGUAUAGAGCAAUGCAAAGAGUUACUAGAUUUCUUCAAGAAGAGAGCUGCUCUCGAAGAGAGAUAUGCAAAAAGUGUAGUGGAUCAUUUUUCGAAAUUUAAAUUAAAAGAUGAAACUGAUUCAUUUCAAAGAGGAUUCCUUUGUAUUUCAGUAUUAAGUGAAUCUGAAUCAAACAUUCAUAAAUCAUUUGCACAGAAUUUGAUUAAUAAUCUUUGUCAUCCAUUCACUGCACUUGUUAAAGAGAUGGAACAAAAGAGAAAGAAUUUGGUAAAUGAAGGAUUGAAACUUAGAAACGAUUAUAAAGAUUCAUUGGAAGCAGUUAGAAAGGCACACCAGAAAUAUGAGAAAUUCUGUAAGGAAACAGAGUCUGCCAAGAUCGAAUUGAUUUCAAUGCUCGAGAAGGAGACUGAAGUAGAUGGUCCCUCGAUUAAAGUGCAGACCUUGGAGAAGAAGGUUGCCAAGUGUGAGGCAACCGCUAUCGUUGCCGAAGAGGAGUAUAAGAAUCAAAUCAAAGAGACCAACGAGUUCAUCUAUGGUUACUAUCAAACAAAGAUGAUGGAUAGUUUGAAUGAAUUUGAACAAUUUGAAUCAAUGAGAAUGCAAUUUAUAAAGAGUAAUAUAAAGAAUUAUAUGGGAUUGAUGCUUGAGACUCCGAGUGCAUUGGAGGUCGAACUGAACAAUGGAUGUAAACAAACUGAUUGGAUCGAUCCAGAGUUGGAUAUUCAGACAUUUAUAAAGAAUCAUACGACGCCAAGAAAGUUGAUUCCACCAUUCCAAUUCGAACCCUAUGUCGAAGGCAAAUUGAUUUCUCUCAACAGCAGCUCCAGUGGUAUACAACAACAGGCAUCGUCUCCACCCACCGCCAAAGUAUCUUCAUUCAAAGACAACAUUCUUGGAUUCUUUAAUAAAACCAAUAUACUAACAUUAAAGAGAGAUGAAAAUCCACUUCAUAGCUCUCAAUCAAUUCCAUUGCAUCCGAUUUUCGGUACUGAUUUGGAAGAGUUGAUGGAUCAACAAAAGAAAGAUUUCCCACAGAUUGAUAUACCAUUGAUUCUUAUCAACUUUAUACAGACUCUGUUGAAACUGAAUGCAUUGGAGACUGAAGGAAUCUUUAGAAUGUCACCACCACACACCCAACUUCAACAGGAGAAACAAAAGUUGGACGAAGGUGGUGGAUUGGAUCAUAUUCAAGAUGUUCAUUUAGUAGCUUCACUUUUGAAACAUUGGUUAAGAGAUCUUCCAAAUCCAAUUAUUUCAUCUGCUAUUUAUGAUGAAAUUAUUGAAACACCUCUAAACGCUUGGAAUAUAAUUGAGACAGGUAUACCAUUGUUACAUCAAAGAGUUUUAAGAUAUUUGAUAGACUUUUUCGUCGAGUUGAACGAACCGGAAUUCGCUGCACAAACCAAGAUGGAUUGUCAUAGUCUUGCUGUUGUAAUGGCACCAGUUCUCAUCAGAUCAAACAUCAACGAUCCACAGGUAGCACUUGAAAACUCAAAGAGGGAGGUUAAAGUUGUGGAAUGUAUGAUUGUCGAUUCACUCAAUAAAAAGAAGGAACAAGAGUUGAUUCAACAAGAGAAAGUUAGAAGUAGAAGUUCAACACCAAUCAACUUCCCAUUCCAACCAAUAGCUAAUAACAAUAACAAUGAUAGUGAAAACAAUAAUAAUAAUAGUAACAGUAACAGUAGUAAUAACAAUAGUAGUACUAGUAACCUUAAUAACAGUAAACAAGAUGAAUCCAAUAAUAUUCCAUCGAGAAAUACCAGUACUUUAUCAUUUGGAAACAGUGAUACAUUUUCAGUUUCGAAAUCAGACUCUGAUCCAGUGCUUGUAGAAUCCGAAGAGUUCCAUGACCAUGACCACGACGAAUUUAGAGAGUUCAUUCAAGUAUCCAAUGAUUCCAACCAAUCAUUAAGCAGCGAUGAUUCAUGA